GUAGUAGUGGUCGAAGACGAGAGUUAUUAGCGGUUAUCAGUGAUGGGACAGCGAAAUUCUCGUGUUAUUCCGGUAAAUGAUGGCGCGGUGUACGAUCACCAUCCCAGUACACCCCCAACACCCGACACCGACAAGGCGGAGCAACACUUCCAUCCGUGCGAUGAGCCGCCUGUCGAUGCCGGUGAGGGAGACGCCCAGAGGAGGGAGGAGGAGGAGCGGAGGGAGGCAUGGGGUGAGGAGGAGGAGGAGAUGAAGAAGAAGAGGAAAAAGAAGUUCUGGAGGCUGCCCUCUUUCCUCAAAGCUGCCAGAAAACACCUCAAGGUGAUCCGACCGAGUCAGACUGAGGUGCAGCUUAUUGAGCCACCAUCGCCAGCCAGCAGCGCUGAUGAUGAUAUUAUGUGCCGCUAUGAGCUCGGUGAUCGUCUGGGGGUAGGCGGGUUUGGUGUCGUUCAUGAAGCGAGUCGUGUGGAGGAUGGCCUUAAGGUGGCAUUGAAAGACGUCAUGAAGACCCAUGACAUGGAAUAUCUAACUAUUCCUGGUCAUCCAAACCCCCUCCCAGUGGAGAUCGCCCUUACACUCUUGGCCAACAAGGGACCCAGCGCACCAGAGAUUAUAAAGCUGCUGGACUGGCAGGACCAACGGGACAACUAUGUCAUGGUCCUCGAGUGUCCGUCACCGUGUGAGAACUUAGUCAGUUUCUUGGAGGGCCACGGAGGAAGAAUCGAAGAAGGUUUAGUUCGGCACAUCAUGCGGCAGGCAACGCGGGCGGCUCGCACAUGUUGUCGCCGUGGGGUAUUCCAUGGAGACAUAAAGUUGGAAAACUUCAUUGUGAGCAAGGACACCCUGCAGGUCAAGUUGAUCGACUUUGGGUGUGGGGACCUCAUGAGAAAGUCUGCCUACACGACAUUGUAUGGUAUGUUUUAUCCCUCAAAGCUGACAGAGGAAACGCUUUGGUAAUGCGAACUUGCAUACGAGAUGAAAUCUCUUUCCUCCAGGCACCAUGGAGUACUACCCUCCUGAGU